AUGUUCUUCAAGACCACUCUGAUCCCCCUCAUUUCCAUGCUCGUCGCCACAGCCGUCCAAGGCGCCCAAGUCCACGUGUGGUUCACCGCAGAGGCGGGCAGCCCAUACGACGACGGCAAGGGUCACACCCUGUUGAACAAGAUGCUCGCCUUCGAUCUGGAUGCCAAUAACCAGGUGGCGGCUGGAGUCUCGUUCCCAGUGCACUACUCGAAGAAGCCUGGAGAGCUCAUCACUACCACUUGCAGCUUCAAAGGCGCUCUCGACAAGCAAUACCGAGACAUCUCCUGGAUCAUCACCGAUGAUCCGAGCUACGUCCACCCCUGCGACAACCACCACGGUAUGGUCCUGGACUGUGUAGCCACCUCGACGUGCCACCCCUUCCUCGUCGAUGGAACCAGUAUCACCUACUUUAGGGAGAAGCUUGUCAGCGACCCAGACGAGAACACCAGUAUCCGGCCUUAG